AUGCUGCUCUGGGCAGGCGUAUGAAGUGUGUGGCCGGCCAGCAUUUGGCAUCAUUGCGACCAUCACCAUCACGAACACAGGCUUAACUUUUGUUUGAGUACCGUACUGUAUCUAAAAUCGCCUUGCAAUGAAUCUGCCGGCCAAGAUCACAGUUCAGCAAGCUUGGCAAGCAUGGCGCAGUCUGAACGGCCUGUUUGCAGUCUACAAACCGUCCGGCUUGCCUCCAGUUGUUGUCAAGAAAAUGAUACAGAGCGCACUUAUUGAAGAUUUAAACAAACUUGAACAGCGCCCACAGAAGUCCCUCGUCAAGGUCAUUCAAGAUGUAGCGAGGAUCGACGAGGACCCUAAUGCUCUGACGGCAGUGCAGGUUCCUAGCUUUGCUGACCAUGUACUGGUCAGGGGGCCUCUGUACACAGACAUUAAGGUUGUCGUGGCUUCAGGAGGGCUGGAUAAGAAAAUGUCUGGUGUUAUGGUGCUAGCUGUCAAGCAUGGCACCAAGGACAUUGACACGUACCAUGCAUCACGAAUACCUAAAACCUACACGGUCAAAGGCCAGUUUGGUUUUGCCACGGACAGCCACGAUGCUGAGGGAAAAAUCUGGCAGAAAUCCACCUACCAUCAUGUGACUCAGGAGAAGUUUGACCGAGUCAUAUCCAACCUGCAGAGGAGUCACCAGAAGGCCAUGCUCAGCAAUUCUGGGGUGGACCUUCAGAGCCAGGAGGCUUAUGAGCUGGCCAGCCGAGGUCUUCUUCGGCCGUUCGGUAGCAAAAUACCCCCGCUCCUGCUGGACAUCCGAUGCAUACAGUUUGCGCCGCCGGAUUUUGAGCUUGAAAUUGAGUGCGUCAAGGAGUCUUCCCAGUACCUCCGCAAGAUUGUCCAUGACCUGGCGCAGGACAUGAAGACCUGCGCUGUGGCUACUCAGGUCCGCCGGACGCGAGACGGUCCCUUCACCGUAGAGCACGCUUUGCUCAGGAAACACUGGAGUCUGCCUUACAUCGCCGAGGCCCUUCGAGUUGGCCGACCACUGGUCAAAGAGGCAUUGUGCCAGACCAGGACCCAGAUAGAGGGAGUCCUAGAAGAAGUGAGGUGAUGGUUGCAAAGAUAUGGGAAAACAUUGUGACGGUCUCUAGGAGACAGAGAUGGCGGCAUGGCAGUAAUGGAACUUCAAUGAAGUCGUGCUGCUAAAGUUCCACUAAAAACAGAUGGGAAUUUGUGCAAUGUAGUAAUGAAUCUUUUGGGGACAACAGGCCUAGACCUUUACUACAGCGAAGCUACAGAGUCUUUACUAGAAAAAAUGAGACGGGUUGUAGGGAUGACUGAGUCUACAUUGUUCACCCCACAAUGCCUGUUUCAACAGGAAGGAAUAAUGUUCUUCAGCGUUUGGUGCAGAGCAUGCAUGACCAAGUUUCACUUGACCUGAACCUUCAAAUUCCCUCCAAUCAGGAACCAGAGAGGGCGACAUUCUUCACUGGGGAACUCACCUCGUGUGUACGCUAGUCUAAGCAGAUGCCAUCAGUCAUUUGUGUUUGAGUAUGGGCCCCGAACUGAACCAAGAAAGGGGUGUUCUUUUCUCUAGCAAUGGAGGCUCCUUUGGAAGGAACUUUUCUUCACUAGUUUACGAACGACUAUGAGAGGCAUACAUUGCAUGCGCGUCGCUACCAACGAAACGAACACUCCCAACCAUCAUGGCUCUUUCCAACUGGCGAGGGGGUGCUGUUGCUCAAGACGGUUACGGUCCCUGCCUGAGCACUGGGCACAUGCACGAGCCUGGUCAGAAAAUUUCUGCCAUCCUACACAGUGGCCUCCACCUCACUGAUCACACCACCAUUGCAUGAGGCAAGCAUUUGGUAAUAUCAACCAUACACUCUGCAUUGUAAAUGAGAGGUGUUUAUUUUUACCAGAGAUUAUCGUGCUGCUCCAGCCCUAGGCGUGCAAAGACACAAUAAAUAGAAAGCCAGCAAUUAAUAACCAAGAUGUCCAAGUCUUUCUUGUGAGUUUAAUUCCUGACCCACAACCACUGCUCCCUUCCGACAUACCACUCAUACAUUUUUCUCCAUGGAAAAAAUUAUUAACAAAACUAGGAAUGUGUAGGAAAAAUUCUUUGGUGAUUUUUUUAUAUCCAGCAAGAAAUGAGACUGAGGGGUACCCCCAACACGUCCAAUCGCUAUACACACU